AGUGCGUUUGAACCGAUCAACGGUUGCAAAAGCAGAGUAAUGACAGAAGGAUGACGGCCUAGCUACCAGAGCUCGUGCACGACAAAUCGACAACCCGAGGACCAAGAGAAAGGGAUGAGGACGACCGGGGAAAGGUGGGUGACGAUCGGAAGUAGCGCAUGGCUCUCUACUAAUAAACCGCCGGGGGAGGGGAAGAGAGCAGAUCUGGAGGGAGGGCUUCACACCUGCCACCAGACGUGCAGGAACUACUGCAGCAUUGCGCACAAAGCACCCGAAAUCCCUGCACGGAUGCAUGGUGAAGAUACUAUCAUUGGACGUGGCCGGACAGGCGCUUCGGGGCAGACGAAUCCCAGCGUUCGGGGAGAGCUGGUGGGCGACAACGGACAGACUCGGGAGGCAAGCGUGCCAAUCAUGGCGAGGGCUAUCUUUGUGUCUGCAGAGGACCGUCGCCGACAAGGACGAACAAGGCCUUUGGAUGCGUGAGGGGGUGUUCGUGUGAUUGGCAGCGUGUAAGCGCCCGGUCUAUCUUUAGAAAGCAACGACGGAGAUCGGCCCAAGCGGUCAAUAGCGUCGGGCUGGCUGUCACGAGGCGCCAUCUAUCUUGUGGAAGGUAAAGUUAAA